CUCCAGAGAGAACCUGCCCAGCAGAAGGCCUGGGCCUUGGGACUCUAGCAGGUCCGGGCCCGCCCCUAUGGCUGCUUCGCAGUCCCUGCCCAUUUACUUUGGGUCUGGGAGAUGGAGCGGCGGUUACCAUCAAGGUUUCAUUCCAGCAUCUGCUGUUGCCACCACUACUAGUUCAAGCACCAUGUUUUUUACCUCGAUAUCAAGUGCUUUUGCCUCCACUGCUGCUACCAGGAUGUCAUCUACAGUUUCAACGAGUACCACCAGCACUAUCACCACCACUACCACUACCACAGUCACCAGUGACUUUACCCAGAAUCUAAAACCGGGGACAUCAACUGGGAUUAAUACCACCGUUGCAGUUGGUGUCACUUCUGUACCUUUUACUUCGACUGUUAAUGCAAUAGUAACUCCCGUGAUGGCAUAUGGUCAGCUGGAGAAUCUGUUGAACAAUUGGAGACUUGAGCUAGAGGAUUAUGAGAAACACAUUCUUCACCAUGCCACCCAUGUCGAUGCUUGGGAACGUGCAUUGAUUGAUAGUGGUGAGAAGAUUACUACUUUAUAUGGAGAACUGGAAAAAGUGAAACUGGAUCAGAAAAGGUUGGAAGAAGAACUGGAUUUUAUCCUGUCAGAGCAGAAGGAGCUAGAAAAUCUUUUGAUAUCUUUGGAGGAGUUUCUGAAGGACCAGAGCAGGCCCAGGCCCUUUUAUCUGCAGUAUGCAGAUGAGGAGCGUGAGAGGAUUUACAGAUUAGCAGAAAGUAUAGAAGCUCAACUGAAACAAAUGUCCCAAGAUCUCAAGGACAUUAUUGGUCACCUGAAUUCAUUGGGAAGUCCUGCUGAACCUACUGACCCGCUCCAGAAGAUCUGCAAAAUUCUGAAUGCUCACAUGGAUUCUUUGCAGUGGAUUGAACACAAUUCAGACAUGCUGCAGAGAAAGGUAGAAGAGAUAACAGUGUUACAAGCAGCAGCAUACAAUGUCAAGAUGGCUUUUGAUUAAAUAACCAUAUCUUCAGCAUGUUGUUUUUGGAUUAUUUGUUACCUGCCAAUUCUGAUGAUUUUUAAUAGAGCAGUAUUUACAGUUGCUAUUUCAUCUUUGGUUGCAAUAAAGUGUGUGCAUGUAUUUGUUUGUUAGCUUUUCAUUUAAAUAUUGUGCUGUUGAGAAUUAUGUAGACUAUAGUUUUGCUUUUAGUGAUAGCAAAUCAAAAUGAUAUUAGCCCCUUUGUCCAGGCAGCAACCUAUUAGAUGUUGACUUUGUACGUAAUUUGUAUCUUACUCCCUAGAUUUCACAUCAUACCACCAAUAUACAUCAUCCUUCUCAUUCCAACCAAAUCAUAGACGUUUGCCAAAAACUAUAUGCCAACCAGUCUUUACUAUGGGCCUGUUACAUUCAAUGCAUAGUGCUAGAUACUAUAAAGUCACUCUCCUCUCUAAGGAACUUAUUGUGUAGUUUGAGACAUAAUUAAUGCCCAUCUGUAUAAAAAUAAUAAAAAAAUACAAGGAAGUGUGUUACGAAUUACAGAAAGUUAUAGAAAUUCAGAGAAAGGAGGAAACGUUAGGGUAGAUUUAGGACUUGAGGUUAUUUUAGAAAGGAUAAGGGUCAGGCAAUUCAGUUAUUUCUUAUGUAUAGAUAUACUGAUGUUUUAUUUGGUUUUAGCAUAUGAUUUAUAGUUUUUGGGUUUUGUUUAUCUGUUUGUUUUUCAAGAAAAAGCCUUGUUCUUAGCUUUGGAACAGUCUAGUCUCUGGUCUUUCAUGUUUCACCUAAGUCAUAAAUAAAGAUGAUGUUUUAAAAAAUAAAAGUAUAACACCAAAAUAAUUAAAAUUUUUUA